AUGAAAAAAGCAGCAGCCAUGCCGGCGUCGUUGAAGGAGCGAUCAAGUCGGCUGCAGAUGUUUGCUCGACCCAAAUCCGACAACGACGUCAACACCAUCACAAACAUCGACGUGACCACAACUGCCGCAGCGCAGCAGAAUCGCGAGCCAGUGCGCUAUCAGAGCUCUGCUCCGGGUCUCGCGUCCGUUGCUGAGCGAAGGGAGCUGGCGGACAGCGCUCGAGUGCCUGUGCCGAAUGGAAUUGCUCGCCAGCCUGCCAUACACCAGCGGAGAUAUAGCCAGCCUCCGCCCGAAUCGGUGCAGCAGUCUCAUUCGCAAUCUCCAUCCAGCCGCCAUAUCGAUAUCUUUACCGGCUCCCAAUUGGGCGACAGCUUCAUGAAUUCAGGCCUAACGACGCCGAUGUACGAACAAUCAGAGGCCGAACCGGAAUCAAAGAGGAACACUAUCGCUGUUCCUGCCACUACAUCUGCUGCUCCCACUAUCAGAGCUCCUCCUCGCUAUAAUUUCGACAAGAAAUUUCCUUCCAGCGGCGGUCUCGCUUUUCAGAUUGGCGAGGAUCUGCGAAUGAAGGUGGUGCCGGUCUCGGGCUCCAAGCAUCUCAACCCCUCCUACAUGAACGACGGCUUUAAUAGAGGCGCCGCCAAUGGAUAUAGCAGACCCGCCCCCAACUAUCGAACAAACUAUACUCGACCAGAAUCAUCGCCGGAAAAACAACCCAAUCUGGCAAUGCGCGAAGUUAGGCUUCGGCAUGUGCCAAGAACAAAACAAAUUGACUAUGACGAUGGGCAAAAGAGGAGCGCAUCCCCUGCCUAUGACAGCAGGGGGCGAUUUACGAGGGGUAGAGAGGAGGAUACUCGCCCUGUUUCCAGAUUCCAAGGCCUGGCAGAGGUUGAAGUGGGAGGCAGAAGGAUAGAGGUGAUUGAUGAAGACGAGAAUGGAGACCAAGAUGAUGGCACGUCUACCAUAGGCGGCCGUGAGGAUGGACGAGAAACUUCGCGGAUGAAGAGACAUCUCUUAUCGCCCCAGCGAGCUGUUCUUGAGAACGCCUUUACAACAACGAUGCCACCUUUUAGGCCGUCAGUGCCAAAAGAUAAGAAGCGGAGAAGAGAGAGCCUUGAUUAUGAUGACAUGGCUUUGAGCAACAUGAACUACGCUGAAUUACAAAAUGAAGCAUUUGACUUUGACCCCUCCAAGGUAACGCCACAUGUUGGCACAGGCGGUGGUGCUGAUACUCUCAACGCGAAGCUGGAGCAAUAUCAACACCAAACUGAGGAAGAACAACACUCGAUGUUUAAGAACAUGAACGCCGAUGACUGGGAAGAAGCUGGUGACUGGUUUGCCGACCGGUUUGGCGAGAUUAUGCACAAGCUGAGAGUAGCCAGACGGAACAAGCGGCGGAUGAUACAGGAAUUCGAACAAGAGGCAGCCUCUCGGGAAGAAGAUGUACGACUGCAAACAGAGACAAUCGACCAGAAAUUGUCAAAAAUGAAGCAAGACGGCCUCCGCGUGGUCAACGCUAGGGAAGGUAACCAGCAGGUCGGCAAGUGA